CCUCAGAUAAGUUUUCCAAAUAAGAACUCUGCUGCUAUUUGCUGCCAAGCCAUUUGUUUUACAAUAAAGCUUAUUUCUCAAAAAUCAAGGCUUAGAAGAAAAUCAAGAUCGGCCUGCCACGUGGGAGGCAGCGAGGUGUCUGACGCCAUAUGUCCGAGAAUGGAACAUAUUAAUACUUCAACUCAGGCUGGGAUGUCAGCCCAAACGUCGGCGGAAGGCGUAACUGCUACCAUCGGCGGUCACGGGAGGGAAAGUGUCGUCAGCGGUCACACCACUGAGGUUUUGGGUGUAGGCUACCUCAGUUGCAACAAUACUCCCACAAACAACGAUCUGAGAUUCAUGCGCGCGGGUACCGAUGUCCUUGUUGAUUCGGACCAAGAGAGCGUGGCGUCGAUUUCAUCUGCUGUAGAGGAGCGUCUUCUUCGGAGUCCACGACCUAUCGCCAGCACCUCUAAGGUUGCGAAGCGGGGCACGUUGGGCCUAAAGGAAAAAGCCAAAUACAAGGCGGCAGUCCGCAUUCAGGCGCGGUUCUGCGGCAGAGCAAACCUGUCUGUUCAAGACAAGGAGAAGCUUGCCUGGGCCGACGCUUAUUUGCGUGAUAACCGCACCAACUUUUUAAAAAUCACGCAAGUGCAGAGCGGUUUCAUCGUGGCUGCCAAUCCAAAGGUGGAGUCCAUGACAAGCAAGCGUCAACGGUCUGCUGAGAGUCCCAAGCAAGGGGCUCCAGUAAGAAAAAAGCAGCGACCGCCUGGGCCACCCAAGCCAGAACAAAAUACGGAAAAUAUUCCGAGACAGAACCCGAGAGCAACAGUUUCAGAAACUGCCAGGCGGCAUCUGGCCGUUGCUCUCAUCGACAGAGGAGACUCUAACGGGAAAAUGUCCGCAGAUCGGUGGCAGUUGACCCAUGCCAAGCUGGUGGACGCACUUUUCGUCAGGAUGGAGAACGCCCCAGACAGCCCAAUGCCUACAUUUAAAGGCGCGGGUUGGCUCAACGGGGUCAAAAUCCUAACAUGCAAGGAUGUCCCAACGUUGCUCUGGCUGAAGAAAACCGUCCCCAAGCUGGACGGCUUAUGGGAAGGAGCUAACCUGGACGUUGUAGAUAUAAAUAGCAUUCCAUCCAUGCCGAAAGCUAAAGUCCUCUUUCCUGUCGUAGUUCAAGGGGAGCGAGCACUUCAGUUGCUUAAGAAGCAGAACCCGGCCAUUCCGACGACUGAUUGGUCAGUGUUGAAGAUCGAUGAACCUUUACCAAAUAAUGGCGGGCAGCACAUGAUCCUUCAGAUCAACAAGGAGGCCGAGGACAUGCUUUAUAAGCGGAACGGAAAAAUGGCGUGGGGCGUAGGGAGCGUGUACCUACGUCUUAAAAAACGUCAUCCUACUGACAAGGACACACACACGUUGAGGUCAGGGGAAGUUGAGGCAGAUCUCGGUAUAGAGAGUAUGACCGACGCCACCCUGCAUCUCAACUUAACUGACAAGAUGGUGGAGGAGGGGGAGGAACUGUUUGUGCAGGCGGACCACACUGCGAGUGUGCAAACCUCUAAUGAGUGUGCUGCAACUCAACCACUACAAGUCUGAAAUGGCUUUGGCGGAGUACUUCCUCGCCCUUGAGCCGCUUACGCAGCUUUGAUCCAGGAACCGUAAAUUGCGUCGGACUACUAGGUCCCCGGCCUAGAAUAGCCUAACUCUUCAUCCCGUCAACGCACUGACGAUUUAACUGUUGUUUCCUGGAGAGCUGAGAGGGAUGUAUUCCGCUAAGAUUCUGUUACAACAAAUCUGGUCCUUUGGUAUUAAUGGGAGAGGUCUGAUUCUCCAAGAAACAGCUAGUCGUCGGCAUGGACGCCACCACCCACCAUAGCGUUGUGGGAAUGCCAGACAUCAAUAAAAGGGGUCUCCGUAAUUGAUUGUACCCUAGACAAUAAGUUAAUCGUAGUAUAAAAAAGGGAGGUACCCACUUACAUUGGAAUGUGUAAGAUUUCAAGAUUACAAAUGAAGGUUCCUAUGAUGAAGAUGUCUUGUGUACCUUAUCUCUGGAGGAAAUAUUAUAUUAUUAUUAUGACAUAUGAAACCCUCAGCACGUGGGUCGCUUCGCAAGUUGCUCGCCUGAGCGUGCGAGGGCAAUUCGACGAAUGACUGGGAGUGACGGCUUUUAACUAUUUCCCUCUUAAGAUCGUGGCCGGCCCCGGUAACGUCAAGUUGGGUGAUGGCCACUUUUAACUUGAUUGGUGUUGAUGCAUGGCGAUUGUUCCGAAAAAAACAAUCAUCAAUCAGCUAUCAUCCUAAAUUGACUUCUACUGAGAGUUGAUGGAUGAAAUUUAUGUUUUGCUGGAUCAUCCGAUGCAUUGAGGAUAGGCAAGUAGAGGAGUGGCGAAGCAGCGAUGACUGAAAUUUUCUCCACCAAAGAGUUGUGGUUCAAAUACCUCGUAUUGUUUAUUACGGGCUCUGCUGUCUCGUAUUAACUUCUUGCAAAAGGUGGCGAAGUUUGUAGGUUUGCAUUUGCUGACAGCAAAUAUUCCAUCGUCGUACUCCACCACUAUGUUGUCUUGGACUUGUAGGACAGUUUGGUUAUCGAAUACCGGGAAAAUUAUUGUUUUCUUACAUAUUUGCUUAACUCUAGGGUACUCAAUUAACAUGUAAAUUUCAUUAUCAGAUUGUAAUAUUUUGAUUUUGAAUACUUCCAUUAAAUUGACUAUGGGGAGUUCUGGGGAGAUUAUUUGCAAGCGUUAUUGUAAGUAUUCAAUUUUGAAUUUCUGUAAUGAGCAUCCGUAAUUAGUAUUUCAAAUAGAUUGGAUUAUUUUCUUUACUUCAUCUGAAAGUUUAUUAAUCUACCUUUGCAUUUCUGUAUUAAUAAGUAUCUAUCUAUUUCUUGAAUCAUUUAACUUAUUCUCUGCAUUCUUAUUUUAUCUAAGACUUCAGCGUCCGGGUCGACAUCGUCUCCGAUUUCCGCGACCGCAGCUUCGGGCGCGUCUGCAAGCUUAUUGUUUGCGUUUUGUUGAGCUUUAUUAUUAAAAAUUAAAAUUUUUUAAUGUUCGCGUAACUUUGAGUUCGAGUAACUUUUUAUGAUAUUCGUUACUUUUGAUACUACUUGAUUCUCGCGAAUUACAAAGGAUUUCGUUUUGUGAAUUCUUUUUUGUAACAUUUGGACAUAUAAAAAAUAAACGUAAGCUAAUGUUCAACAUUUUUCAUAUGCCCUUACCUACUUACUUACUUUAAUGAAUUCCAUAACAUUAUGUAAAAUCAUAUUGUUAGAAAAAUCGAAAAUAACAUUAUUAUUAUUGUUGCAAGAUAUUAUUCAGCAGGGCAGAAAGUGCAACCAUUUUUGAGAUAAUUUGGCAUCCCUUUUAAAUUUACUUAAAAAUAAAUAGAUUCAUAAAAAUAUUUCUUUUUAGUUUUAUACCAUUUAUAAUACGUAUAUUUGUAAUAUAUUUGGUUUUAUUCUUUUAAUCUUAAGCAUAAGCAAGAUUUUGCCUUCUUGGAUCAAUUUUAAGAUUUUUCCAUUCCAUUUAUUUUUCUCAUUGAAGUCAUAAUAAAUCCUUUGUAAAGUAUAUCCAAUCUACAAUUAUUAUUUUGAUUUAAGAUUUUGCCUUCUUCAUUCAAUUUUAAGAUUUUUUCGUUAUUGAAACAAUAUUAUAAUAUAAUUGACUUUAGUGGUGAUGAGAGUUGCUAGCAACCUUUCAGUAGCAAUGUUGCAAUCCAGCUCGUGGGCCAGAUUGUCCCAUCAAAUAACGUGGAACGUACUUAUAGCCUUAUAGCUUAUAUUAAAUAUAUUAUAUAUAGCACUACAAUUAACUAAUAAAU